UUGGGUUUGGUCAAUGUAGAAAGUGCCCCCUAGUGUUAGAAAAUACGUUUCCAUUGGUGAGACUGUUACAACCUCGGUAGGCUACAGAGAACAGGCAGAAAGAUGGGCUAAGUGUCUGCAUAGCUAGAAAUGUUUAAACUGGUUCGGCGCUCUUAAAUGAGUAGCUUAUACAUUAACAUCAUCAGCGGACUUACAUUUUCCUCGGUUAUGGAGUGGAUUACUGUUUUAGUGUUUGGAUCAUCAGAGAAGCUACUGUACGCAAAUGUGAGCACACCUGAUGAACUGUUCCAGCGCAUGCACCCAAGACCAGCGCGCAAAAAUGUAUCUGGCACCUUGAUCGUAUAGGCAAAAUCGAUUUUAAGAAAAGACGAUUUCAGUUUUUUCGUCCAACAGCUCAUUUAGAAAUGAUGACCUUCCAAGUGAGUUUGAAAUGAAUAAACGGAUGACUACUGACUGAGGGAAUAUUAUCUCCCUGGGUGAGAGAGAGUUUCUAUCCCCAAGUGGACACCGGGCUCUGCCCAGGGAUGGAGAUGGAGAGGUACCAAGGGGAAAGUUCCAUGGGGCCCAACAUCACUAACUGCACAGGGAUGCCCCCCAGCGCUCUGCCGGCGGCAGUCUUCUCAGACAGAAUGGUUGUUUUGGUCGUACUCCUAGGGCUCUUCAGCCUACUCACUGCGCUAGUCAACAUCGCUGUUAUUAUCGCCAUCUGCACCACCAAGAAGCUCCACUUGCCUGCAAACUACCUCAUUUGCUCCCUGGCUGUCACUGACUUCCUGGUUGCUGUCCUGGUGAUGCCAAUCAGCAUCCUCUACAUCUCCACAGAGACGUGGUCAUUGGGCCAGGUGGUGUGUGAGGCGUGGCUAAGCGUGGAUAUGACCUGCUGCACUUGCUCAAUCCUGCACCUCUGCGUCAUAGCGCUGGACCGCUACUGGGCCAUUACUAAAGCCAUCGAGUACGCCCGCAAGAGGUCUGCACGCCGCUCGGCCGUGAUGGUGGCCGUCGUCUGGGGGAUCUCCAUCUUCAUAUCCAUCCCGCCCCUCUUCUGGAGACACCGGCCUGGCAGCCAAGGCCCCGAACAGUGCAUCAUCGAGCACGACCACAAGGGCUACACCAUCUACUCCACCUUUGGGGCCUUUUACAUUCCCAUGACUCUCAUACUCAUCCUCUACUAUAGGAUCUACAGCGCCGCCAAGACUCUGUACCAGAAACGAGGCUCCUCCCGUCACCUGAGUAACCGGAGCGUGGACAGCCAGAAUUCUCUCAACCACUGCCGCGUCGCGCACACCCUCUGUGCGUCCGACCUGUCCACUUCAGACAACACUCUGGAGUUUGACAGGCUCAACGUCACCAUACGCAUCCCUUCCUUUGAGGCAGAUUUGGAAGGGAUGGAUGAGAGGAAUCAGAUAUGUACCUCCCGCGAGAGAAAGGCUGCACGCAUCCUUGGACUUAUCCUUGGAGCUUUUAUAAUUUGCUGGCUGCCUUUCUUUAUCAAGGAGCUUCUUGUGGGGCUCAGACUUGUAAAUCCCUCCCCACAAGUCUCUGAUUUCCUAACCUGGCUGGGCUAUAUCAACUCGCUCAUCAACCCUCUCCUGUACACUAGCUUUAACGAUGAUUUCAAUUUGGCGUUUAAGAAGCUUUUCAGACGGAAGGAGCAUGCUUAGCCAGUCCAAGUUGAAAAUGCUACCCGUUAGAGAAUGUAUGCAAAAAUAUUUACAUGCAGUGUGUUGCAUUUGUCCAUGCUACUUGUGUGAUG